GUCUAGUACUUGAACAAAUCAAAAUUUUUGAUGAAGGAUUAGUUAUAAAAGAAGAGCAAAGUUGGGAAAAUCUAAUUAAUGAAUGGAUUGAGUUUGAAAAUCGUGAAAACCAAUUUGAAGAUCAGGAUGAUGAAAUUUUGUUUACUAGUGAUUGGGAUACAGAUUUCAUAUUCUAA